GGUUGUAAAUUUCUUAAUAAGUGACGACGAGGAACUAUUAGGAAUAUCUGCAAGCAGUUCAAAAUUAACGUAUUUAUACAUUUUUUCUACAACAACAGGGAUGAAUUUAUCAAAAUAUACUUAUAACGAUAAGAAAUCAGUUAUGAUUGAUGGAAUUCAUUUUAUUGCUUCUAAUUUUGGUGAACGCGUACUUAUCACAUCACAUGUGCAUGAUAGCUUAGAAAGAAUUAAAAUGGAUCUUAAUGUUCAUAAUGUUCAUAGAUUUCACGAUGAAAAAUUGACUUUUGAUUAUGAAUUAAUGGAUCCAUAUACUUUAAUGAAUCCUGUCAAUGCUGAUAAACUUUUUAGGCGCUUAAAGGCUAAAAUUAAAAUGCCAUACAUUAUUAAAUCAGACAGCAUUAUUUAUGCGAAUGAUGAACAAUUGUUUAUUGAAAAAUUGAUAAAACAAUCUGUAAAAAAAUGGAUUAAUUAUUUGAGAAAUGAUUUGAUUGAUUACAAUAAAAUUUCGACACCUCUUGGUAAAAAAGACAUUAUUAAUUUUAUAAAAAACAUUACCAGCGAUUUAAAAAAAAACAUUGACAGGAGAGAUUAUUAUAUUCAAGGAACUGAAACAUACGGAAGGUAUUUAUCAUGGACCUUAAAUUGUAAAGAUGUUACGUUUACUCUUGAAGUCUCUCGAAAAAAAUCCGAAAUAUCUGAAGAAAAUAAACAAGAACCAGUACAUUUAGAAAAUGAGCGAGAACCAGUACAUGAAAAAAAUCAGCAAAAAGCAAAUUUAUACGUAAGACAAUGUCAAGCUCUUAAAAAUGAUGAUCUUGUCAUGGUUACAGAAAAGUGUGUAAUUCUCUGGACAUUUAUCCCAUCCAAAGGUAUAAGAGUGCAUUACAUUUGGGGUGUUGACAAAGUUUUAGACGAGGAAUAUUGGGAAUAUUGGGAGAAACUUAGUAAGUCUUCGGCAGAAAGAUUUCUUCCACCAUCUGACUUUGAUAGAAUUAUCAAUGAAGCUAAUAUUAAGCCAGAUAAAGACAGCGCUAAUUUAUAUAAUCUGUUAUUAGAAAAUUAUAUUGAAGAAAAUUUUUUUUUAGCGUAUUAUGGAAAAAUACUUAUGAAGAAGUUUUUAAAAUCAAACAAAGACUUGCUAGUUGAAAAAUUAUGCAGGAGUUGUAUUCGUAUAUGCUCAUAUGAUAAGGAUAAUUGUGAUUUACAAUCAAAUAUUCAGAUAUUAAGUAUUAUUGCUCAACAUUCAAAUAUUCAGUCAUUAAGUAUUAUUGCUCAACAUUAUUCAGAAUUAAUUCAAAAGAAUCCUGCAAUAAUAUAUAAAUUAUUGUCACAGAUAACAUUUGUU